GAGAGUCCGGCUACCCGGUCUUUAGAGAACUGGCCAUGGAGGGCGAGCGGGCGCCGCUCUUAGGUUCGCGGCGUGCGGCGCCGGUGGCGCCGGCGGCCGGGGUGUUUGCGGGGCGGCGCGCGGCGUGCGGGGCGGUGCUGUUGGCCGAGCUGCUGGAGCGCGCGGCCUUCUACGGCGUCACGGCCAACCUGGUGUUAUUCUUGAAUGGCGCGCCGUUCAACUGGGAGGGCGCGCAGGCCAGCCAGGCGCUGCUGCUCUUCAUGGGCCUUACCUACCUGGGCUCCCCGUUCGGGGGCUGGCUCGCCGACGCGCGGCUCGGCCGGGCGCGCGCCAUCCUGCUCAGCCUGGCGCUCUACCUGCUGGGCAUGCUGGCCUUCCCGCUGCUGGCCGGGUCCCGCUCGCGCUCCUUUCUCUGCGGGGACCCGCGCCCGGAGCUCGUGCGCAACUGUUCGGCUCCCUUCCCUAACGGAACGGCGGUGUGUCCCGAUGUCGCCGCGCGCCGCUGUGCUCCCGCCACCUUCGCGGGUCUUGUGCUCGUGGGACUCGGUGUGGCCACGGUCAAGGCCAACAUCACGCCCUUCGGCGCGGAUCAGGUUAAAGAUCGAGGUCCAGAAGCCACUCGGAGAUUUUUCAAUUGGUUUUACUGGAGCAUUAAUCUGGGAGCAAUCCUGUCAUUAGGAGGUAUUGCCUAUAUUCAGCAGAAUGUGAGCUUUCUCACAGGCUACCUGAUUCCCACGGUCUGCGUGGCCAUUGCUUUCCUGGUCUUCCUCUGUGGCCAGAGUGUCUUCAUCACCAAGCCUCCUGACGGCAGUGCCUUCACUGACAUGUUCAGGAUUCUGACUUACAGCUGCUGCUCCCAGAGAGGAGGGCAGCGGAGAAAUGGUGAAGGCCUUGGAGUCUUUCAGCAAUCUUCUAAACACAGUCUGUUUGAUUCAUGUAAGAUGUCGCGUGGAGGGCCGUUCACGGAGGACAAAGUGGAAGAUGUAAAAGCCCUGGUCAAGAUUGUGCCCGUGUUCUUGGCUCUGAUUCCUUACUGGACAGUGUAUUUCCAAAUGCAGACCACAUAUGUUUUACAGAGUCUUCAUUUGAAGAUUCCAGAAAUCUCAAGUAUCACCACCACCCAUCACACGCUGCCUGCAGCUUGGCUCACCAUGUUUGAUGCGGUGCUCAUCCUCCUGCUCAUCCCGCUGAAGGACAAGCUAGUGGACCCGGUGCUGAGGAGACACGGCCUGCUCCCAUCCUCCCUGAAGAGGAUUGCCGUGGGGAUGUUCUUCGUCAUGUGCUCUGCCUUUGCUGCAGGAAUCCUGGAGAGUAAAAGGCUGGACCUGGUAAAAGAGAAGACCAUCAACCAGACCAUUGGUGGUGUGGUAUACCACGCUGCCGAUUUGCCCAUCUGGUGGCAGAUCCCACAGUAUGUGCUCAUUGGCAUCAGUGAGAUAUUUGCAAGUAUAGCAGGUCUGGAAUUUGCAUACUCAGCUGCCCCGAAGUCCAUGCAGAGCGCCAUCAUGGGACUCUUCUUCUUCUUCUCUGGCAUUGGGUCCUUUGUGGGCUCAGGACUGUUGGCCCUGGUGUCUCUCAAGGCCAUUGGAUGGAUGAGCAGUCAUACAGACUUUGGGAACAUCAACAGCUGCCACCUGCAUUACUAUUUCUUCCUGCUGGCCGCCAUCCAGGGAGCUACACUGCUGCUCUUCCUUAUUGUGUCUGUGAAGUACGACCGCCAGCGAGCCAGGACAGAUGGGGGGCCAGCCAGCACGAGGACCUGAUGCGGCCAGCCAGCGUGCCACAGGCUCUGCAGACUCUAAGGCCCCGGGGCUUGCUAACUACCAGGGCACUGCCAGCAAACAAAGUGAGGCUAGAUUGUUGGUGUCCCAACUUGUGAACUUGCAUGUUGUCUGGACUGGCUUCUCCCUUCCUGUGCCCGGAAUGAUGGUGGUGAGUGCCUUUCUGUGGCCCGUCUCAUGUGCACUGCGCCUGCCAGGAGAUGAGAAUGUGGCUUCUGUCACUGAAGGUCCCUGCCAGUCCUGACCUGAGCCAGCCACGCUUUCUCUUUUAGAAUCCUGGGUAGCCACUGUUCUGCUGCUGGCAUCCUUACUGUUACUUCCUCAUAGCAUCUCCUUUAAGAUUAGCAAGGGGUAGGAGGAGUCUCUUUAGAGAUGAAACUGUGGUUGAUGUCAAGAGAGACCCAGGAGCUGUGUCUGCUCCAUUCAUAGUCUCUUGUCACAGGUCUUGCUGAUGCCAAGGCCUUUGUGGGUUUGUAGUAUAGACUCAUCUGCUCAGAAAGUCGGUUUUGUUGACUGAGAUGAAGUGUUUCUUAUUAGACUAGGCUGGCCUCAAACUUGGGGCUGCCUCCUGUCUGCUUCUUAGUGUUGAGAUCUCAGAUGUCUGUCACCAUGGUCAGCAGGACUUAGGUCAUGAAUUACUGGUCUGCUUUAAGCACAUGCAUCAGUUGGGAUCGAGGACACCAUGUCCUCACUGAAACCAGACAGCAGCUGGCAGAUAGACCAGGCCGAUCUUUUCCGAGAACUUGACUUUGUAAGCAUGGAGGCAGGUGGUGAGUGGGGAAAACACGGGAGCUGUUGGGCUAGUCACCCACCUUUGUAUUGUUACUGACAUAUCCGGGGUUCUGAGUUUGUCAACUAAACUGUUCUGUGUGUUGCUAUGUUUUGUAUAAUUUUAUAAAAGCUUCUCAGACAUGA